AUGAAAACUCAUUCUGUUUAUCCUCUAAUUGAGGACCCUCUCCCAUUCCCACUUCUUAAUGAUACGUUCUUCAGUGAAUAUUCUCAAGAUCCAAAACUUAUAGGCAGCUUGAAUCAAGAGAUGCUGCAUCUCAAUCAUAAGUGCUCCUACAAAUGGCUAAAUUAGCCAAGAAACGAGUGGAAUUUUGAGAACGAUAUUAGAAUGCUCGUCAUAACAUGGAACAUGCAUGGCAUGAUACCCAACCAUUCCCUAAAACGACUUUUCAAUAUUGAUAUAUUGCAUCAUGAUUUAAUAGUUGUUGGAACAUAAGAGUGUCAACGUAGUAUAGUUACUUCAAUAUUUUGUGAAUCAAAAAAUGAGUGGGAAGUCAAAUUACAGAAUGAAUUAGGAAAAUCUUUUAUAAAAGUAUAAUCAGCAUCACUGAAUGCAAUGCAUAUCAUAGUCUUCGCUCAUAAAUCAUUGAUACCCAAAAUAAGGAAUGGUAAGUCUUACACUUUCUCUUAAGGUUUCAUGGGAAUUGUUGGUAAUAAGGGAGGAAUUGCAGUAUCAAUAAAUAUCAAUGAAAAGAUCUUCUUAUUCAUUAAUAGUCAUUUAGAAAGUGGGUAAAACUCUGAAUCUAAAAGAUAAACUUAAUUUUCGAAAUUGGAAACUCAUUUUGAAAGCUAAGUGUCUUCUAACCAUAAUCAUGUCUAGUAUGAUUAUCUUAUUUGGACUGGAGAUUUCAAUUCUAGAAUCGAUGACAGGAUAAUUCCUUAAACAAUCAAAACUCACUCUGAUUUUUUUGGAUGGCUAGGAAAGGAUUAAAUGUAUCUUAGUCGUCGUAAUAAAUUAAACUACUAAUCUUAAUUUUAAGAAGGAAUGAUCUUUUUUCCACCAACAUACAAAUUGCUAUAAUACUAUAAUUCUUGGGCUGUAGAUUAAGAUUUCAGAGUUCCAGGUUGGUGUGAUAGAAUUCUCUUUAAAGAAAAUAAAAAAAUGACGUUGCAAUCCACCUAAUAAAGUUUUCAAGAAAUAACUUCUAAAUUGAAACUUUAAAACUAUGAUGCCAACUUUGACCUCUUAGGUAGUGAUCAUCGACCUGUAUUUGCUUAAUUCACAAUAGCACUUUGA